UAUUCACAACCGGAACGUGACUCAAGAUGGCGAUAGCGUAUAAGCGCUAAUUCAUGAACGGAUGUUUCAGCUGCAGUCCUCGAUCAAGUUAGCCUUUAACGUUGAAAGAUGGGCAUUAACACGGAUAAAAUAACUAUGCAACACCAUCAUUCUUGUAAAUAUUAAUAUUUGGUACUCCUUGAAUUUACUGUUUCAACUGAGAAGRAAAAGAGCAACUUCACUCAGCCAUGGCAGAGGAACGCCGGCAGAAGCAGUGUUCUGUCGUCCUUCCCACCGAGUCGAUGAAAGCCAUGGCGGAGUCUGUAGGAGUUGGGCAGCUACAGGAGGACAGCUGCGUAGCCCUCAGCGAGGAGGUCAGCUACAGGAUAAAAGAAAUUGCCCAGGAUGCUCUGAAAUUUAUGCAUCAUGGGAAAAGACGGAAACUAACCACCAGUGACAUAGACAAUGCUCUCAAACUAAAAAACGUGGAGCCUCUGUAUGGGUUCCAGUCGCAAGAGUUUAUCCCUUUUCGCUUUGCAAGUGGCGGUGGAAGGGAGCUUCAUUUCUAUGAGGAAAAAGAGGUAGACCUCAGUGACAUUAUAAACACACCUCUUCCAAGAGUUCCUCUAGAUGUUUCUCUUAAAGCUCACUGGUUAAGUAUUGAAGGGAUGCAGCCUUCAAUUCCAGAAAAUCCUCCACCAGCMUCAAAAGAACAACAAAAGACUGAAUCCACAGAGCCCCUUAAGGUGGUCAAACCUGGUCAGGAGGAGAAAGGUACGAUCCAGAGCAAAGGUCAGAACGCAACCACCCCUGAUAACAAAGGGAAGGAGAAGGGUCUCAUCAGGUUGAAGCCACGCAGCACUCAUGAGCUUUCUGUAGAACAGCAACUCUACUACAAGGAAAUUACAGAAGCAUGCGUUGGCUCCUGUGAAGCCAAGCGAGCAGAAGCUUUGCAGAGUAUUGCCACUGAUCCUGGAUUGUAUCAAAUGCUUCCAAGAUUCAGCACGUUUAUUUCUGAAGGAGUCCGUGUGAACGUGGUGCAAAACAACCUGGCUCUGCUGAUUUAUCUCAUGCGCAUGGUCAAAGCUCUAAUGGACAAUCCCACCCUGUAUUUGGAAAAAUACCUGCACGAGCUCAUCCCAGCUGUGGUCACCUGUAUUGUGAGUAAACAGCUGUGUUUACGGCCAGAUGUUGACAACCACUGGGCUUUACGGGACUUCGCUGCUCGUCUGAUGGCUCAAAGCUGUAAAACCUUCAGCACAACAACCAACAACAUCCAGUCACGUAUUACCAAAACUCUUACUACGAGUUUGUUGGAUGACAAAACCCAGUGGACGACCCGAUACGGCUGCAUCGCUGGRCUUGCUGAAAUUGGUGCUGAUGUGAUAAAGACGCUAAUCCUUCCUCGGCUUUCGGUAGAAGGUGCUCGCAUCAAAGCAGUGAUGGAAGGACCUGUAGUCUCCAACAUUGACAAGAUAGGAGCCGAGCACGUUCAGAGUCUCUUACUGAAACAUUGCGCAAGUGUUAUCGCCAAGAUCCGACCUCAGCCCGACAGCUUGGAGCAGUACCGGACAGACUACGGCUACCUUGGACCCAUGUUGUGUUCUCAUGUGAUGAAGGCCAGAACUCAAGCCGCGCUGCAGGCGCAGCAAGUCAACAGAACCACACUAACAAUCACACAGCCUCGUCCCACCCUUUCAGUCUCACAAAGUGGACUAAGUGGGUCAGGGGGGCCUCGCACUCCCAGUAUCAUCAAGGUUCCAAGCUCCCUCACCCUCAUGUCACCAAGACCAGGUACUCCAUCACAACCAUCGCCUCCAGCAACUAAGUACAUCGUGAUGGGAACCAGUGCCGGAGCCGCCUCAACACAGCAGGUCAUCACUCUCAGCUCCUCCCAGUCAGCCUCACCAGUAACCAGCACUGUUCCCAGUGGCACUUCCACGUUACAGCCCCUGGUCAAACUGGAGUCCGGCAGCGGUCCUGGACUCACAGCGUCCCGCCCCAUGCAGAAGUACAUCGUCGUAUCCCUGCCCUCCUCUGCCUCCUCCUUGGAGACGAAGAGCUCCGUGUUACCGACCUCAAUUUCCUCCACCUCGCUGGACGGAGGGAUAAAACUCGAGCGGUCCGAGUCUCCCGGAGCGAGCACUCAGUCACCUCACUGAUAUUGUAUAGUGUUGAUAGUUGUCGUGUUGGAGCAGCUGUACAGCAAAAGUUGAUUUGUCUGGAUUGAACCUGAUUAAAACUCUGAAGUGGGAUGAAGAGGAACAUGUGAACUCUUGAUAAUGAAGAGCAAAUGCGGCCAGAUUUUGUAAAUAUCUUAAUGCCACGUGAAACCUGGUCAAUCUAUGAGAUCUACGGUGUUUCGCAAUAUAUUCUAACUGAUUUUUUUCUACUCUAAAAUAAAUCUGAUUUUGUAUGAAA